GUUGCCUUACUUCCGCUGCUGCAGAAGCAGAAUUUCCGCGGGAUCAGGCCGGCCUCUGAGGGAUGGAACAAAAGUGGGGCUUUUAAAAUGCUGCCCUGUAAAAAAAGAAGAACUACCGUGACAGAGUCCAUGCAGCAGAAGGAAGGCCAGGAGGGAGAUGGCUUAGACCUGGACACAGCCGACCAGGUUAAAGACUCAGGGUCAGUGUCCUGGUAUCAAAGUAAUGACAGUGCAGUGUGCCCUGAAGUUCACUCCCUGCAGGAUGCAGAAAAUCAGCUCAGCAUGGAGGAUCCAUCUUCAAGCUCUAAGAUGCUUACCCAGCAUACUAAUUUUCCAGUUUUGGAAGCUGUUGAUGUAGCCAUCUCUCAGGGAAUCACCCUUCCAUCCUUGGAGUCUUCUCCUUCCCUGAAUAUGAACAUUGGUAAAGGAAGACUCCAGGCCACUGCUUCACAGAGAGGGAAGAAAAUUGUCCUCAAGCCUGGGCCUGUUACCAAAGAAGACAGAAGCGAUCAUCCUGUCAUAGAGGAACCUUCUUCAGGAGGGCUAAGUGAAGAGGUCAAGAGAGAAGGAGGAAAACCUCACAUGCAUUCUGGAGAAGAAUUACCAUUACUGUCAUCAGGGAGUCAAUCUGCAAAACCCGGAACCCAGCCCAGGAAACCAUCCCAGCCAGGUGUUUCUGCUUUUCCUCAAGAAAAGCCACUCAGGAAUCUGGUUCACCAAGCUGAGGAAGAGAUAGAGGAUGGCGGACUCUUUAUUCCAAUGGAUCAAGACAGUGAAGAAAGUGAGAAAAAGAAAAAGAACAAAAAGGGGACCAAGAGGAAACGGGAUGGACAGGGUCAAGAACAAGGGACUUUGGCGGAUGACCUCAAACUGGAUGACAUGCUCGAUCGUACCUUAGAGGAUGGUGCCAAGCAGCACAAUUUGACAGCAGUCAACGUUCGGAACAUCCUACAUGAAGUAAUCACAAAUGAACAUGUGGUGGCCAUGAUGAAAGCAGCCAUCAGUGAGACAGAAGACAUGCCAAUGUUUGAACCUAAAAUGACACGCUCUAAACUGAAGGAAGUGGUAGAAAAAGGAGUGGUAAUUCCAACUUGGAAUAUUUCACCCAUUAAGAAAGCCAAUGAACUUAAGCCUCCGCAGUUUGUGGACAUCCAUCUUGAAGAAGAUGACUCCUCAGAUGAAGAGUACCAACCAGAUGAGGAGGAGGAGGAGGAGACUGCUGAAGAGAGUUUACUGGAAAGUGAUGUUGAAAGCACUGCUUCAUCUCCACGUGGGGCGAAGAAAUCCAGACUGAGACAGUCUUCUGAAAUGGCUGAAACAGAUGAGGAGAGUGGCGUAUUAUCAGAGGCUGAGAAAGUCACCAUGCCUGCUCUCAGGCACAUCAGUGCUGAAGUGGUGCCCAUGGGACCCCCGCCUCCUCCAAAACCAAAGCAGACCAAGGAUAGCACCUUCAUGGAGAAGUUACAUGCAGUAGAUGAGGAGCUGGCUUCCAGUCCUGUUUGUAUGGACUCUUUCCAGACCAUGGAGGAUAGUCUCAUUGCAUUCCGAACCCGUUCUAAGAUGCCCCUGAAAGAUGUUCCCCUGGGCCAAUUAGAGGCAGAGCUUCAGGCUCCAGACAUCACUCCGGAUAUGUAUGACCCAAAUACAGCUGAUGAUGAGGACUGGAAGGUGUGGCUGGGGGGCCUCGUAAAUGAUGAUGUGGAGAAUGAAGAUGAAGCAGAUGAUGAUGAUGAUCCAGAAUAUAAUUUCCUGGAAGAUCUUGAUGAACCAGACACAGAAGAUUUCCGUACUGACAGGGCAGUAAGAAUUACUAAAAAGGAAGUGAAUGGGCUGAUGGAAGAGCUGUUUGAAACUUUCCAAGACGAGUUGGGAUUCUCCAAUAUGGAAGAUGAUGGCCCAGAGGAAGAGGAACGUGUUACAGAGUCUCGGCCUAACUUUAACACCCCUCAAGCCCUACGGUUUGAAGAACCAUUGGCUAACUUGUUAAAUGAACGACAUCGGACAGUGAAGGAGUUACUCGAACAGCUGAAAAUGAAAAAAUCUUCAGUCAAACAGCAGCCUGAACUAGAAAGGCAGAACCCUCCGAAGGAGAAAGUCCAUCAGACUCUGAUUCUAGACCCAGCACAAAGGAACAGACUUCAACAGCAGAUGCGGCAGCAUGUUCAGCUCUUGACACAAAUCUACCUUCUCACCACAUCCAACCCCAACCUCAGUUCGGAGGCCAGUACCACAAGGAUAUUUCUUAAGGAGCUGGGAAUCUUUGCUGAAAACUCCAUGGCUGUUCACCAGCAGUUCAACCCCAGGUUUCAGACCCUAUUCCAACCCUGUAACUGGAUGGGAGCCAUGCAGCUCAUUGAAGACUUCAACACUCAUGUUAGCAGUGACUGCAGUCCUCAUAAAACCGUCAAGAAGACUGCCAGUGAAUUUCCCUGUUUGCCAAAGCAAGUAGCUUGGAUCCUAGCCACAAACAAGGUUUUCAUGUAUCCAGAGCUCCUUCCAAUAUGUUCCCUGAAGGCAAAUAACCCUCGGGAUAAGAUCAUCUUUACCAAGGCUGAGGACAAUUUGUUAGCUUUAGGACUGAAGCACUUUGAAGGGACUGAGUUUCCUAAACCUUUAAUUAGCAAGUAUCUUGUAACGUGUAAGACUGCUCAUCAACUGACAGUGAGAAUCAAGAACCUCAACUUGAACAGAGCUCCUAACAACAUCAUUAAAUUUUAUAAGAAGACUAAGCAAUUACCGGUCCUAUUAAGGUGCUGUGAAGAGAUCCAGCCACAUCAGUGGAAGCCACCUGUAGAGAGGGAAGAACACCGGCUGCCGUUCUGGUUAAAGGCCAGUCUACAGUCCAUCCAGGAUGAACUGCGGAGCAUAGCUGACAGUGCUAGAGAGGGAGCAAAUGUGACUGCAGCUACUGAGACCGGCACUGAUCAGCACUCGGAGAAAGCCAACCCAGAACUGGGGAGUCAAACUCAGUACCCACUACUGUUGCCCAAGGGUGUAGUACUAAAAUUGAAGCCAAGUUCUAAGCGUUUCUCCAGGAAGGCUUGGCGACAGAAACGACCAUCGGUUCAGAAGCCUCUGCUUAUCCAACCCAGCCCCUCUCUGCAACCUAUUGGGAAAAUACCAACCUGGACAACGCAACCAGAAGUCCCCCAAAGCAACAUGGUGGUCCAGAUUCCUCAUCUUAUACAGCCAACCACUGUCUUACAGACAGUUCCGGGUUUCCCUCCAGUGGGGGUCAGCAGGGAAGACAGUUUUGAGUCUCCUGCAGUGCGGCCUGCUAUGUCCUCUGGUUCUGAAGCCAGGACCAGCUUCCCUUUGUCUGAGUUGCAGUCCCCACUGCCUUCUGCCUCUGUACCCAAGUUAAUGCUGCCCUCACUUGGUCCUUCUAAAUUUCGAAAGCCGUAUGUGAGGCGGAAACCCUCAAGAAGAAAAGGGGCCAAGGUCUCUCCCUGUAUGAAACCUGCUCCCAUCCUCCACCCCACACCGGUUAUCUUCACUGUUCCUGCCACCACUGUGAAGGUUGUGAGCCUGGGCAGUGGCUGUAACAUGAUCCAGCCUGUCACUGCAACUGUGGCCCCAAAUCCCCAAACCAUUCCUAUCACCACUCUCCUGGUUAAUCCUACUUCUUUUCCCUGUCCAUUAAACCAACCCCUUGUGGCCUCCUCCAUCUCCCCCUUAAUUGUUUCUGGCAGUCCUCUGACUCUUCCUGUGCCAUCCACCCCUGAAGAUAAGGCCCAAGUGAACAUGGAUAUUUCUGAAGGGAAAAACGCCUCUCAGAACUCUGAAUCCAAAUUAAGAGGCCAGGAGAUAACUCCUACCUUUGCCGGUAUCUUCCCCAAAGAGGAGCAUAACCCCCCUGGUCCUCCAGCAGUUACAGAAAGCCAGGAAGGACUGUCAAAGAGUGCCUGUGGCUGGACCAUUGUGAAAACAGAAAGCCAGGAAGGACUGUCAGAGAGGAGCACCUGUGACUGGGCACGUGUGAAAACAGAAGAAGGUAGGCAAGCUCUAGAGCCGCUGCCUCAGGGCUUCCAGGAAUCUAUAAACACUGACCCUAGGAAUUUAGAGGAAAUCGUCAAGAUGGAGCCUGAGGACUGUGUGGAGGAGGUCUCCAGUAGCUUCCCUGAGCAGAACGUUUGUGAUGCCAUAAAAGAAGAACAUGCUAUGGAAGUAAACAGUGGCCCCCUACAGGAGAGGCUGAGCAGUGCUAGAGAGGUGGAGAAACAGACAGCUGUGCGGAAGGAGAGCCAGCUAGCUGAGUCCCCAGCAGCUUCCCGGGAACCUCCUGAUGAGGGAAGUACAAGUGGAGAUGUGAGCAAAGGACUGCCUAAAAGCACUCCACCCUCCAUGGAUCUGGACGUGGUGCUCAGCAGCCCCCCAGGGAAGCCUGAGGACUCAGCCAGUGCUGAUGGUCAGUCCAUGGGGACCCCAGCAGGGCCAGAAACUGGAGGAGAGAAGGAUGGGCCCGAGGAAGAAGAGGAGGAGGACUUUGAUGACCUUACCCAAGAUGAGGAAGAUGAAAUGUCAUCAGCUUCUGAGGAGUCUGUGCUUUCUGUCCCUGAACUCCAGGAAACAAUGGAGAAACUGACUUGGCUGGCAUCCGAGAGGCGCAUGAGUCAGGAGGGUGAGUCUGAGGAAGAGAAUUCUCAGGAGGAGAACUCUGAGCCAGAAGAAGAGGAGGAAGAGGAGACAGAAGGGAUGGAGAACCUGCAGAAACAGGAUGAAGUGAAUGAUGAGGCAGUUGGGGGUGCUGUGGAGAAGCCUCCUUCCACCCUGGCCUCACCCCAGACUGCUCCAGAGGUAGAGCCCAGCAUCACACUGCCAGGACAAAGCAUGAAAGCUGCUGGAAAGGGCCGGAGCAAUCAUCGAACUCGCAACAAGCGGGGAAGUCGAGCCCGGGCCAGCAAGGACACCUCUAAGCUGCUGUUGCUGUAUGAUGAGGACAUCCUCAAUCGGGAUCCACUCCGAGAACAGAAGGACCUGGCCUUUGCACAGGCUUACCUAACUCGGGUACGAGAAGCCCUACAGCAUAUCCCUGGCAAGUAUGAAGAUUUCCUUCAGAUAAUCUAUGAAUUUGAGUCAAGUUCCCAGAGGCAGACUGCUGUAGAUCUCUACAGAAGCUUGCAAAUUCUACUCCGAGACUGGCCUCAGCUCUUGAAGGACUUUGCUGCUUUCCUGCUACCCGAGCAAGCCCUGGCCUGUGGAUUAUUUGAGGAGCAGCAGGCUUUUGAGAAGAGUCGCAAGUUCCUUCGGCAGUUGGAGAUUUGCUUUGCAGAGAACCCCUCACACCACCAGAAGAUUAUCAAGGUCCUCCAAGGCUGUGCAGACUGCCUUCCUCAGGAGAUCACUGAGCUGAAGACACAGAUGUGGCAGCUCCUCAAGGGCCAUGACCACCUCCAGGGUGAGUUCUCCAUCUUUUUUGAUCAUUUGCGCCCAGCAGCUAGCCGGAUGGGUGACUUUGAAGAGAUCAAUUGGACUGAAGAGAAGGAGUAUGAGUUUGAUGGCUUUGAAGAAGUGAUACUCCCUGAUGUUGAAGAGGAAGAAGAACCUGCAAAGAUUGCCACAGCCCCAAAGAGCAAAAAGAGAAAGGAGAUUGGGGUCCAGAAUCAUGAUAAGGAGACUGAAUGGCCUGAAGGAGCCAAGGACUGCUCGUGUUCCUGCCAUGAGGGAGGUCCUGAUUCUAAGCUGAAGAAGACCAAGAAGAGAAACUGUCACUGUAGCAGCAAGGCCUGUGACAGCAAAUCCUACAAGAGCAAGGAGCCCCAUGAGUUGGUGGGCAGCAGCCCCCACCAAGACACCAGUCCUAUGCCUGGCACUAAGGAAGCAGGACAAGGCAAAGACACGGUGGAAGAGGAAGUCCUGGAUGAGCGGGAGAAUAUUGAGCCAACACAGAAUAGGACUGGCAGGACCACCAGGAAAGGGGAGAUACCCACUUUAGUAGGAUCAGCUUUUGGGAAUACUUUGCAGUCCUCUCCGGAAGUGACUCCUAUGGAACAGCCCUCGGAGGGCAUACUACUUGGCUCACCAGAGAUUCCUCAGCUUCCUCUUCAGACUGGAGCUGUACUCUCCACUGUUAGAAACAAGGCUGGGCCUGAGGUUCUCUCCUACCACAGUGCAUUCCCCAUCUUUCCAAAAGAGGGAGAGGGCCAAAAGGCUGUGGGUGACUCAAACACUUCUGUGCCACUCCCAGGCACAUCAGUAACUGAGAAACUGCCAGGGACUGUGGGGCUUCCUGCUUCCUCUCCGAGUCCUGUUUCCUCAAGAACCAGAGAUAUUGGGAGAAGACAGUUGUCUGGGAAACCAGACCUCCAGAGGAGCUGGCUGCCCUCGGGCAGAGCUGAGGCAGAGAGAGCAAACACAGUGUCCCCCGUCUGUGAAAUUUCAUCAAACAUUGGUGCCUCAGAGCCUGCUCCCAUAGCUGCCAAAGGGGACUUAGCUAAAGACAGUAGACUACAAAGCAAGGGCUCAGAGGGGGAACAGCAGCCAAAAGCCACAGAAGCUACUGUAUGUGCCAACAACAGCAAGGUCAGCUCCACUGGGGAGAAGGUUGUGCUGUGGACAAGGGAAGCUGACCGAGUGAUUCUCACCAUGUGCCAGGAGCAAGGAGCUCAGCCUCAGACCUUCAGCAUCAUCUCUCAACAACUGGGAAAUAAGACCCCCAUAGAGGUUUCCCACCGUUUCCGAGAGCUCAUGCAGCUCUUCCACACAGCCUGUGAGGCCAGCUCUGAAGAUGAGGAUGAUGCAACCAGUACCAGCAAUGCAGACCAGCUAUCCGACCAUGGAGACCUGCUGUCUGAAGAGGAGCUGGAUGAGUGAGACCCUGGGAACAUGUGGGUGUCACCUGCCA